CACACACUUGCCCUCAGUCACCCGCCAUGAGCGCCUACGGACUGUCCCUAUUGGUUGGCUGCCAGCUGAUCUGCCUGGCCAUUGCUGGAGUCCCGUACGGUUACCAGCCACCUGUUAAAUCCCCUCAAUGCUACCCAAAGACCGUCUACGUCACUGUUCAGCAAGAUAUCUACAAUGAGGUCCCUGUACCAACUCGUGUGUACCAGACCAAGCUAGUGCCCACACGGUACGACCUGGACGAAGUCGUGGAUGUCUACCAGGACCAGAUCUCGACCCGGUACUACCCUCAACCCGUCACAACCACCGUACACGAAGCUCUGGUUGACUACGUGACAAACUACAAGUACAUCACUGUGACCAAACAAACUCCCGUCGUAGCAACUGUGGACAAGAACAUUCCGGCUAUUGUCACCGAGACCGACUACAGCCAGGUGGUCUCCGUCGUCAUCGAUACAGAGAUCAUUGUAGAAACCGACGUCCUCCCUGUCUACAGCACCAAGAGGGAGAUCGUUUUCAACCAGAUCUACAACACCAAGGUCAUCCCCAUCUAUGAGACCGUCUGGGAUACCAAGAUUGUGUACAAGACCCUUUGUGGGGACGAUAAUAAGGGAUAUUACUAAAUUGGGUACAGCCUGGGUCGGGAGGGAGAGAGAGAGGGAGAGAGGGAGAGUGAUAGAUCGGUAUAGCAGACUCCCAUGACCAAGAUACUAGACUGGGUGCAGCUUGUGUAGGGAGGGAGAGAGAGACGCCCCCAGCCUGAUAGAAUGGAUCCACCCUGCGUUGAGUGCGAGGGAUCGAGUCAAGGGUGAUUCUAAAAUGGGUUCAAGACGUGACUAUAUUUUGCUGACCUCUCCAUCACGGAUCAUGUCGACGCGUGCUAAAAGGGAUACAGGUUAGGUCGAAACAACAUGGCGUCUCUAAAACGGAUACAAGGCUUGUCCACCCCCCCCCCCCCCCCCCGGAGCAUUGCCAAAACGAAAAUGGUCCAAAAAUAUCAAGUUCCCAAUUUCACUACGAACUUAAAGAGUAAGUUUUGUUCUACUUAAAACCACCAAUGAAAAGUUUUGUAAGUCUUCCCGUUCUUGAAUAUAAGUUAUGAGUUAUGAAUAUUACUUAUGAAUAUUGAAAUGGGUUAAAAAGUUCAAGUUCGGAUUUUCACUAUGAACUUAAAGAGUAAGUUUUCUUAUACGUAAAAAACACCAAGGAAAAGUUUUAUAAGUCUCCCAGUUCUUAAAUAAUAGUAUACUCUCCAAAUGGGUUAAAAAGUUCAAGUUCGGAUUUUCACUAUGAACUUAAAGAGUAAGAGUUAUUAUACUUUAAAAACAUCAAGGGAAAGUUUUAUAAGUCACCCAGUUCUUAAAUAAUAGUAUACUCUCCAAAUGGGUUAAAAAGUUCAAGUUCGGAUUUUCGCUAUGAACUUAAAGAGUAAGUUUUCUUAUACUUAAAAAACAUCAAGGGAAAGUUUUAUAAGUCUCCCAGUUCUUAAAUAAUAGUAUACUCUCCAAAUGGGUUAAAAAGUUCAAGUUCGGAUUUUCACUAUGAACUUAAAGAGUAAGUUUUCUUAUACGUAAAAAACACCAAGGAAAAGUUUUAUAAGUCUCCCAGUUCUUAAAUAAUAGUAUACUCUCCAAAUGGGUUAAAAAGUUCAAGUUCGGAUUUUCACUAUGAACUUAAAGAGUAAGUUUUCUUAUACUUAAAAA